AUAAUGCAGGCUGGGUGGUGGGGGGGCAGGCGGUGGGAGCCAUGUUGAUGCUCGCUCUUGUGUCUCUCUGGACGCUUGGAGGACCGCGGCAAGCCGACGUGGUGGACCGGACAGCGCUAUGAGAAGAGGGGGACGAGCCGGGGCGGUACCGGGAGCACUGGAGGGACGUCUGAUCCGUUAGUAGGACCCCCCCCCCUCCCCCUCCAACACCCUUCCCCGGACAUCAUCAUCAUCACACAGCCAGGCAAAGGGAAGUUGAUGCGAGUUAGCUUGGUAGCUAGGUAGCAACAGCUGUGCGGACGCUGCGUGGGAUGCACCCCACGGAAUAACCCCCACAUUGUACCCAUUUUCGGCUUGUUUUUAAUCAUUUAACAUUGACGCGAACAACUCGAAAACGAUUUAGGAGUGACAGGAAGUGUUCGAGUCCGGAGUAGUUACCCGUACAUGGUUGUCCAAAGCUAGCUAGCUUGCUAGCCACCGUUAGCAUGUGAGAGCCAGCUCCCCUGUUGGAGUCACGACCAUCUUUUUUUUCUCGCCUUCACUGGAACACAAACUUCACGGUGGCGUUCGGACCAGUGCCGUGUUUCGGUGCUAAUGUAGCCCCCCAGUGCGGAUAUGGAGAUCCGUCCCGUCUGUGAGGAAAGCUACCGAUUCUCCAGGCUCGCUUGCCCAAGCAGCGGCUAGCAAGCGGGCAGCCUAAGUUUCCUGGCGCGGCGUCUUGUCGGAGAAGGCUGCGGACUUCCUCACCCGGCCCGUCCUCCUCUUUCAAGCCAGCAAACUGGCGGCCCCCCAAGUGGAAACCGACGACAAGGAGCUGGGGCCCAUGGCCUGGGUGCUCAAGAUCGACGACGCUACCAUCGAGUCCGGGCUGGUGCACGACUUCGAUGCCAGCCUCUCCGGCAUCGGGCAGGAGCUGGGGGCUGGAGCCUACAGCAUGAGCGAUGUGCUCGCCCUGCCCAUCUUCAAGCAGGAGGACUCCAGCCUCCCCCCAGAAAACGAGACCAAAAACCCCCCAUUCCAGUACGUGCUGUGCACCGCCACCUCGCCGGCCGUCAAGUUGCACGACGAGACGCUGACAUACCUCAACCAAGGCCAGUCUUACGAGGUACGCAUGUUGGACAACAGGAAGCCUGGCGAGUUGCCGGAGCUCAACAACAAGAUGGUGAAGAGCAUCGUGCGAGUGGUGUUUCACGACCGGCGGCUGCAGUACACGGAGCACCAGCAGCUGGAAGGCUGGAAGUGGAAUCGUCCCGGCGACCGUCUACUUGAUAUCGAUAUUCCCAUGUCGGUGGGCAUCGUGGAGCCCAAGACCCACCCCUCCCAGCUGAACGCCGCCGAGUUCCUGUGGGACUUGAACAAAAGAGCGUCUGUCUUUGUGCAGGUGCACUGCAUCAGCACAGAGUUCACGCCCAGGAAGCACGGCGGCGAGAAGGGCGUCCCCUUCAGGAUCCAGAUUGACACGUUCGCUCAGGGAGACGGCGGCGAAUACGCCGAGCACCUGCACUCGGCCUCCUGCCAAAUUAAAGUCUUCAAGCCAAAGGGGGCGGACCGCAAGCAGAAGACGGACAGGGAGAAGAUGGAGAAAAGAACCCCUCAAGAGAAGGAGAAGUACCAGCCUUCCUACGACACCACUAUCCUGUCUGAGACCAGACUUGAGCCCAUCAUCGAGGAAGGGGGCGACCACGAGCUGAAGAAGUCCAGCAAGCGGACACUUCCUGCUGACUGUGGAGACUCCCUGGCCAAGAGAGGCAGCUGCUCCCCCUGGCCGGACAACGCCUACGUCAGCCCCAACCAGGCAGCUACGCCCUCCUUCACCUCCACCCCCCUGUCCACCUACACCACCUCAUCGCUACCCGACAGCGACUCGUCCUCGCCCAAUCACCAGGCAGAACCUGGCGGCCACGGCAGCACAGAGCAGUUGAGUCCCGCCGCGUCCAUUCAGGACACGCAAAAGUGGCUGCUGAAAAACCGAUUCAACUCCUACGCUCGACUCUUCUCCCACUUCUCAGGUUCUGAUUUGCUGAAGUUAACCCGGGACGACCUGGUCCAGAUUUGUGGUCCGCCGGACGGGAUCCGACUCUUCAAUGCACUCAAAUCAAAAUCCGUGCGUCCCAGGUUGACGUUGUACGUUUGUCAGGAGUCGCCUCAGGACAGCCCCCUGCUGGAGAGACACGCCGCCAACGAAAACGGGGAGCAGGGCGCCUCGCCCAGUUUACACGUCUACCACGCGCUCUACCUGGAGGAGCUGACGGCCGCCGAAUUGAUCCGUAAGAUGGCGAGCGUGUGCAGCCUCCCGCUGGGGAACAUCAACCAGGUGUACAGACAAGGUCCCACGGGGAUACACAUCCUGCUUAGCGACCAGAUGGUUUACAACUUGACCGACGAGAGCUGCUUCGUCAUCGGCACCGUCAAAGACGAGCACGGCGAAGGACUCCAUCUCAUCCUGAAGUAGGCGAGGACAAACGACGACGCCAUCGACCCCGCCCGCGUCCCUCUCUUCGGCCGCUCUUUCCUCCAGCCCCUCCCGCCCUGCUCUCCCUCUGGAUUGGUUGACGGACAGCGAGGAGGCGUGUAAAUGUUAGAAUCUGACAUGCAGGGGGGGUGUCCACUGUUUCAUAUUGAAAACACUAACAGAAAGACGAGGGGGUGCAAGGGGAGGUUUUUUUUUUUUUUUCUUUUUAAGCGUGGGGUUGUUCAAAAAGCGGCGUGAGGGCCAGUAUUCGAUGACCUUGUGUUGCUCGCCAUAUAUGAAAGGGGCGGCGGGGGGGGGGUUGGCUUAAUAAUGACAAUGAUAAUAAUAAUAAUAAUUAUUGACCAGCUCUUCUCACAAACAUCCAUAUUUCCUGGAUUUAGCGUCCCGCUAUCCGCCUGUUACUGUUGACGUCUUUGCUUCUUUCCGGCGCCGUGUGAGCCUUUCACUCGCUGUCACACCGAAAGCAGAAGACAUCUAGGACAGCGCCGCCGCCACCACCGCCACCGCCCUCCGAGCUUUGCUACUUCGAGGACAGCCGUCCUAAUGAACGUGGACCAAACGGCGUCUCAUCCUACGGACUUGGGAAUCAUGGCAGCUUCACAUUCAUCCAUCCAUUCAUUCAUCCAUCCGUCUGUCGGACUCUGGUGUUUUUUCAUUAUGUAGCUGAGCAAGGUCACAUGAUUAGCUUCACACACACACACACACACACACACACCUGUGUAGGUUUAGUCAACCCCUCCUAAACGUGCUGUCUGCCUCUUAAGUGUCAAGGUGUGAAUGUGCAUGUGUGUUCUUUGUUUGUUUUGUUUUUGCAAAGACUUGAUUGAUGCUAAUAGAUUUGUUAGCUUGUUGUAGAGUCAAGCAUGUGUGGCAAGUGUUGGUUGGUUGGUUGGUUGGUUGGGGGGGGGGGGUAUGGUAACACCAUAAUCUAUGGAGAUGAGACCAAGCCUGCACUGAUUUAAAAAAAAAAAAAAACAAUAAAAAUCCAACCUCCAUGUAGUCGGUCGUCCUACAGCCGCACAACAGAACCCAGACCCCCACCCCCCCUUUCCAAAACGGACCCCCAGACACAGAGUGAGCGUAUGGGCAAAACUAGUCAGCUUCACUGUGUGCGAAUGAGAGGGUAACCACUCUUGGCGUCCAGACGAACGAGAGGGUAACCACUCUUGGUGUCCAGACGAAUGAGAGGGUAACCACUCUUGGUGUCCAGACGAAUGAGAGGGUAACCACUCUUGGUGUCCAGACGAUUGAGAGGGUAACCACUCUUGGUGUCCAGACGAAUGAGAGGGUAACCACUCUUGGUGUCCAGACGAUUGAGAGGGUAACCACUCUUGGUGUCCAGACGAAUGAGAGGGUAACCACUCUUGGUGUCCAGACGAACGAGAGGGUAACCACUCUUGGUGUCCAACCAAACGUCAGUGAUUCUGCCUGCGGUGUUGCUGCACGUGCACACCCAACACGUGCUGGGAAUAAAUGAUUUCAUAACUUUGCCUGACGUCAC